UUCACAUUCAUUCAGUGACGCUCGUUACAUACAGAAGUAUACCAAAUUCUAUUUCGUCGAAGUUGUUUGUUGUUUUGUUUUUUUUUUUCGUUCGUUCGUUCGUUCGUUUCGUUGCUUCUCGCCGUCACAAAUCUUUCGUUUUCGUGUGCUGUCCGUCGUGUGAAUUUUAUUUUCUCUUCUCGAUCGCUUGGCCAUACAUGUGCGACAACUACGACGACGACGACUACGACAACGACCACAACGUUUCAUUUCAAGUAUUGAACAUUGAGUAUUGAGCGCAAUCAACAACAAAUCACCUGUGUGUACAUUUUUCGCCUUAAAAAUUGUGCACAGUUUGUUCGUUUCUUUUUUGUUGGCAAUUUUUUUUUACUGAUUCACAUCGAUUCGUUGCAUUCGAAUAUUAUUUAUUAUUCAAUUAAAAACAGAAAAUUUAUUUGGUUUUUUUUUCUGGACUAAUUUAAACACAUUCAAACGAUAUUUAAAAUUGUGCGCAGAUACAGAUUUUCGGUGUGUUUUUGAACUUAUUGAUCUUUGGUAUUGGAACUUGAUUAUAAACAAACGUGAAUGUAGAACGCAAUUUUAUCGAAAAAUUUAGUGUGUUUUCGGGCAGAAAUUGAUAAUCCAACAUGUUUGCAUGCUGAUCUAUUGAGAGCUUUCUUCAGCCCAAUUGGACUUGAAUAAAUUUAAUCAAAACUAAUUAUUGUGCACAGAAGUUGGAAGAGAGCUAGUUUCAUUUGAACGUGAAAAUUACUGGAACAAAGAAUAAAAUAAAAUUAUGAAUCCAUUGUGUAAAGUGUGCGGUGAUCCAGCGGCCGGGUAUCAUUUUGGUGCAUUUACUUGUGAAGGAUGUAAGUCAUUUUUCGGCCGAGCCUGUAACAAAUCGCAAUCGAUACCUGAAUGCAAGAAGAAUAACAAAUGUGUCAUCAAUAAAAAUACGCGAACGACAUGUAAAGCGUGCCGUUUGACAAAGUGCAUUCAGGUCGGUAUGUCAAAGGGCGGUUCAAAGUUUGGCCGUCGAUCGAAUUGGUUUAAAAUCAAUUUUUUGCUGGAAGAAAAGCAAAAAGCAUCCAUGAAAAUGAGCGAACAUAUGAAAUCGGUGGCUGAAAGUAAUUUAUUUUCACAAGCGGCCGCAUUGUACCCCAAACAAUUUCCAAUGCAACAAAAUCAACAACCAUCACCCAUAUCAUCGACCUCAUCGUCAAAUAGUUUAGAUUUAAUGUCACCCAUGUCACAGUACACAAAUUUACCGCCAAACCAUGAACUAGCACUUCAAUCGAAUCCAUUUUAUUCGGCCGCUAUGCAAUAUCCACUGCAUCCGGCCCUAUUGCAAACCACCAUCGAACGAUUGUCAGCAUAUUAUUUCAAUCAAAAUUAUCUGCAACCACAGCGAAACGAGUCGAUGUCGAGUAAUGAUGACAUCGAUUCCGAUGAUGCAUCAAAUGGUGGCGCCGCUCAACGACAUGCGGCUACUGUAUCAAAUUUAAGAAUGUCCGCAUCGCCAACACCAUCAUCAUCAUCGUCUAGUUCGAUUGCCGUACCAACCGCCGACAAUCAAGAUUAUCCAAUGGAUUUGAGCGUCAAAUCAUCACCUCGUCAAGUAGAUUUCUCCAUAUCAAGCCUUCUGAAAAUUGCUCCCACAGCUUAAUUUUAUAUAGAAUUUUAUUUUUUAAUUGAUUUUACACCUAAUUUUUUUUUUCUUGUUGAUGUUUUUUCUUUCUUCGUAGGAAUUUCACAUGACAUUGUUAAAAAAAAAAAAAAAGAAUUUAAUGCAAGAAUUUAGAAUUGAAGGGUCGACACUUUUGUUUUUCUUUUCUCGUCUUUAUUGAGGUUCAUCCUAAAACAUUUCAACCAUUCAUGGUAAGAUAUCAACCAUAUACAGGAUUAGCUUAAAAUUGAUUUUAUGAUAUAUAUCAAAGUGUUUAUUACAACAACAACAUAAGCAACAAAAGCUUUUGAACGAGAAAAAAAAACAGACUGGAUUUCGUUGCGCACCUUAAAUGAUCACAUGAGGGAUGCACACAGGGCGAAACCAAUAUUAUUUGAAAGAGAAUAAUUAGUUAUGUACAUUUAAUAGGCGGAAAUUUUAAAGUAUUAAUAAAAUUGCAUUUAAUGAAAUAGAAA